AUGGCCCGCGUCGUCAUCCCCGUCGACGCCAACUGGCAGUUCCGGCAGGACAAGACCGACGAGCCGUUCCGCGCCGUCAGCCAGUUCCCCACCAACGUGCACCUCGACCUGCUGCACCACGGCCUGAUCCCCGACCCCUUCAUCGGCAAGAACGAGCUCGACGUGCAGUGGGUCGGCGAGGCGCAGUGGGUCUACCGCACCGCCUUUGCCGCGCCGCCCGUCGCCGCCGGCGCCAGCGCCGUGCUCGCCUUUGACGGCCUCGACACUUUUGCGACCGUCGUGCUCAACGGCACCGCCAUCCUCGAGACGGACAACAUGUUUGUGCCCGAGCGCGUCGACGUCACGGCCCUGCUGCGCCCCGACAACGAGCUGGUCAUCUCCUUCGACAGCGCCUACCUGCGCGGCUGGAAGCUGGUCGAGCAGCACCCGGACCACAAGUGGGGCUGCUGGAACGGUGACAGCUCGCGCCUGGCCGUGAGGAAGGCCCAGUACCACUGGGGCUGGGACUGGGGCCCGGCGCUCCUGACCUGCGGCCCCUGGCGCCCGAUCAACCUCGAGAUGUACUCGGCGCGGCUCGCCGACCUCAGCUUCGACGCCGCCGUCGACAAGUCGCUGUGCUCGGCCGACAUCAGAGUCACGGCCGAGGUUGAAGGCGCCGACGCCGCCGACAGCGUGCGCUUCGACGUCUCCCUCGACGGCACGCCCGUCGCCUCGGAGACGGUCCCGGCCGGCCCCACCGCCAGCGCGUCGUUCCACAUCGCCGACCCUGCGCUGUGGUACCCCGUGCGCUACGGCAAGCAGCCGCUCUACACCGUGACGGCGACGCUCGUCAGCGGCGGGGCCGACGUCGACGCCGUCACCAAGAAGACGGGGCUGCGGCGCGCCGAGCUCGUGCAGCGGGCGCUCGAGGACCAGCCCGGCACCAGCUUCUUCUUCGAGGUCAACAACAUCCCGCUGUACUGCGGCGGCAGCGAUUGGAUCCCGGCCGACAACUUCAUCCCGCGCAUCAGCCGGCAAAAGUACUUUGACUGGGUCAAGCUGGUGGCCGACGGCAACCAGUUCAUGAUCCGCGUGUGGGGCGGCGGCAUCUACGAGGAGCAGGCCUUCUACGAUGCCUGCGACGAGCACGGCGUGCUGGUGUGGCAGGACUUCAUGUUCGGCUGCGGCAACUACCCGGCGUGGCCGGCGCUGCUGCAGUCGGUCGACCGCGAGGCGCGCGCCAACGUGCGGCUGCUGCGGCACCACCCCUCGGUGGUCAUCUGGGCCGGCAACAACGAGGACUACCAGUACCAAGAGAGCGAGGGCCUGACGUACGACUUCGCCAACAAGGACGCCGAGAGCUGGCUGCGCACCGACUUUCCCGCGCGCUACAUCUACGAGAAGGUGCUGGCUGACGCGUGCGCCGAGCUGGUCCCGCACACGCCGUACCACCCGGGGUCGCCGUGGGGCGCGGGCCGCGACACGCACGACGCCACCGUCGGCGACAUCCACCAGUGGAACGUGUGGCACGGCACGCAGGAGAAGUGGCAGGACUUUGACCGGCUGGGCGGCCGCUUCGUGUCCGAGUUCGGCAUGCAGGCGUUCCCGUCGGUCAAGACCAUCGACGCGUACUUGCCCCUCGGCAAGGACGACCCCGACCGCUUCGCGCAGUCGUCGACGGUCGACUUCCACAACAAGGCCGAGGGCCACGAGCGCCGCAUCGCCCUGUACCUGGUCGAGAACCUGCGGUACGCGCCGGACCCGCUCGAGCAGUUCGUGUACGCGACGCAGCUGAUGCAGGCCGAGUGCCUCGCGUCGGCGUACCGCCUGUGGAAGCGCCAGUGGAAGGGCCCCGGGCGCGAGUACUGCGGCGGCGCGCUGGUGUGGCAGGUCAACGACUGCUGGCCCGUCACCAGCUGGAGCAUGGUCGACUUCUACCUGCGGCCCAAGCAUGCCUACUUCGCCGUCAAGCGCGAGAUGGCGCCGCUGAGCGUGGGCAUCGCGCGCCGCGAGCACCGCCACCCGCGCGACAAGUACACGCGCGUCGUCGACACGAGCACGCGGGUCGAGGUGUGGGGCAGCAACCUAACCCUCGAAAGCCUAGCAGUCGACUGCGUGGUUAGGGCGUGGGACGUCGAGACGGGCGCCGAGACGUUCAGCGAGGUAGUGGCUUCGGGGGUGGCGCUGCCCGGGAACCGGUCGACGGAGCUGGCGGCGCGCGACGUGCCGGCCCUCCGCAAGGGCGACGAGGCGCGCGCCGUCGUGGCCGCGUACCUGGUCGGGCCCGGCGGCGAGCAGCUGGCGCGCUACGUCAACUGGCCCGAGCCGCUCAAGUACCUGCACCUGCAGAAGCCGCAGCGGCUGCGGGCCGAGCUGAGCGCCGACGCGCGCGCCGUGGCCGUCAGCGCCGAGGUGCCCGUCAAGGGCGUGGCGCUCGAGUGCGACGACGACGCGGUGCAGUUCGACGACAACCUGGUCGACAUAGUGCCGGGCGAGGUGGUGACGAUUGGCGUGCGGGGGGCGACGGCGGCGACCAAGAUUGAGACGCGGUACCUGGGGAUGUAG